GUUUUCGUUUCUUCUUUCCACAAGUUUCGCAAACGAUCCCCGGCGGCGUGUGAAAUUUCUUGGAUAAUCGUUCGCUUCAAAAAUGAGUAUUAUAUUCUAAUUCCUUUUCAAACCCUUGGAAUCGCGUCCAUCGAUCAUCGACAGCUGACCGGAAUAGGAUUGCAGCAAGCAUUGAAAGUGUGAUAGAACGAUGGCAAAUUGCCUGCGGAACGUAGUCGUUUCUUCGACCCGUUUCGCCACUCCGAUCGGAAGAAUUUUCGUCACCGGACGAUCAUUUGCAUCAUCUUCGGCGGCGGUUUCAACUGCUGUCGGGAACACGGAUGGGGACCCGUCUCUGGGAGUAGUAACGGGAAUUAGGCCUGAGGCCUAUCCGUUGCGACCACCGUACAGUCGAUUUGGAAGCCUGGAGGAAUCUAUCCAGAGUCAGUCGGCGACGUACGCCCGAUAUUCAAGUCUUAAUUCUCAGUCCCCUACGGAUCGAUUGUUGGCCGUGUCCGAUAAACGAAAUGAAUCAACACCUGCCGGGAACAGCAGCAACCAACCAUCGGAAGAGCAGCUCCAACGAGUGUAUGAUGUGCUGGCCAAUACACUGCCGAAGCUGUUCAUUCAACCGAUGGACUACUCGGUGUACAACCCGAACCUUAUUUUUGAGAACAAUAUCCGUGGCGUGCGAACCGAAGGUUUGUACCACUACGUCAAACAGGUCGCGCUGCUGCGCACCGUGGGGCAUUUAAAGUUCGCCUAUGUGACGCUGGAAGUCCUGAAGAUAACGAAACACCCGGAGGACAACACCGUCAAGGUGCGGUGGAGGAUAAAGGGCAUCAGCGCCCUGAAGGUCAUGUUACAAUUCUGGAAGUACAAGCUGUGGAAGCUGAAAGAGAUAUUUGCCGACACAGAAGCAUGGUAUGACGGCUUCUCGGUAUUUCACAUCGGUCCGGACGGUCUUAUUUCUAAGCAUGUUGCUGACAAGAUGAUGCCCGACGACGACAAGGUGGUAGUGCCCCCGAAGAAUGUUAUUUCGCCCAAGCUGGCCCUGUUUGUCGGCUUGACGGUGGAAAUCAGUCCCAUCGUGGGUGCCCAGUGCUAGGAGAUCGCUGUACGCCGGAUGAUCGAAUCGCUUGAUGUAGAAUAGUUGGUAACGGUUGGUACUAUCAACUCACUAAGUCUUGUUAUGUUCUUAUGAGUCCAAAGGUCUAUUAUGUCCCCUCUGGAAGGUAAUGUUCGUUAAACUAACAAGUUAGGUGGCUGACACAUUAAGGACUUGAUGCCUGUUGAAACUCUGAUGAUGUGCGUUGUAUAAAUAGAGAAGGAAACGGAAGGCCCUGCGAAGCGCCGAUAGCUUUCGACUGGGUGAACGUAAAACAA